GCACCCUAGGUGUCGUGAAACGACAGCGCUUGACGGCAAACGCAAAUCAAGCAGAGAGGAUUUGUCAACACGUGAGAGAGAACGAAGACGACGAGGAAGAGUGGAGUGACGCCGGGGAUAAAGGCCAAGUGUGGUGCGGUGCUUUUUGUGCCGGUCGUCUCUCCCGGGCGAAAUGCUGUACCUGGUCGGGCUGGGCCUCGGGGACGCCACUGACAUCACCGUGAAAGGGUUGCAGGUGGUGAGGAAAUGCUCGCGCGUCUACUUGGAGGCUUACACGUCCAUGUUGAGUGUGGGCAAGGAGGCUCUGGAGGAGUUUUAUGGGAAGGAGCUGACACUGGCUGAGCGAGAUCUGGUAGAGCAGGAAGCCGACGAGAUCCUGAAGCACGCCAAGGAGAUGGAUGUGGCCUUCCUGGUGGUGGGCGACCCCUUCGGAGCCACCACUCAUAGCGAUCUGGUCUUGAGGGCGGUGCGCGCCGGGAUCCCGUACCAGGUGGUCCACAACGCGUCGGUCAUGAACGCCGUGGGCUGCUGCGGCCUGCAGAUGUACAACUUUGGAGAGACUGUGUCAGUGGUCUUCUGGACCGAUUCGUGGAGACCCGAAAGCUUCUACGACAAAAUCCUGCAGAACCGAGCGGCCGGCCUGCACACGCUCUGCUUGCUGGACCUGAAAGUGAAAGAGCAAUCGUUGGAGAACUUGAUGAGAGGCAAGAAGAUCUACGAGCCUUCGCGCUUCAUGACCGCGGCGCAAGCGGCUGCUCAGCUGCUGGAAAUCAUCAGGCGGCGGAACGGGUGUGGCCAGGAGCCUGGUCUGACGGAGGACACACUGUGCGUGGGUGUGGCCCGACUGGGCGCCGCCGACCAGGAGAUCCGCACGGCCACCUUGGCGCAGAUGAGCUUGUGCGACCUGGGCGCGCCGCUCCAUUCGCUGGUCAUCACCGGCAGGCUCCACCCCCUAGAGGCCGACAUGUUGCGUCUCCAUGCGCGAGACUGCGACGCCACCCUGACGCACCUCCGACGCGUCGAGGGCUCCGAACACACUGCGGCACCUGGAUGUCAUUGACAACUUGACACACACGGGGCCCGACAACAACGACCCGGCCGGUGCCCUGCCAAGCUUACAGAGGCUGAGCCCGACUUUUUUCAAUGAAAGCAGCACAGCUUUUGACCCCAAAUAUUUGGACAUUAGUCCACGGAAAUAGGAACUCAAAUAAAAAAAAAUACAUGCAUCAAUCAA